CUUUUCUCUUUUACUAGCAUUACACUGUUUAAUUCUCACAAAAGUAAGGUAUGUAUUAUUGAGCCCGUUUUACAGAUGAGAACACUGAGGCUCAGAGAGGUUAGAUAAAUUGUCCCAAUUGCACAGGUAGUAUGGGUCGGGGGUGGAAUUUUAACCCAGGCCUGCCUAUGUCUAAAGCUCAUGUUCUUUUCACCACACCUGUCCUAUCUGAAAGUGGAGUUCUAAUCUGGGGCCCAGGAAGGAUUUGGCUUUCUUCAGGGCCAGGGAGCUGGAGGGCAGAGAGUCUACUUGGUUUAUGCACUGCCGGUCUAGCGGAAGCUCAGAGCUGAGCUUUCUCAGUCUAGUUGUCUGCACCUGGCUCCCACUCCUAAUUUAGCAGCUUCAAUGCCUCGUUCACCUUUCAGCUGCAGCCACUUUGGUCUUCUCACUGUCCGGUGGGAGUGCCAAAGGCUUUCUCACCUCUACACCACUGCUUCUGCUGCUGCCCCUCUUAGAAAGUCUUGUUCUGCCCAAGCCUUGCCCACCCUCCACAUCCCAGCCUCCAGCACACCCCUUCUUGUCCUCUGUGACCAGCUCAGGGAUCUCCUCUGUGAACCCUCCCCCCUGAUCCUCUGGGCAGAGUUGAACCCUCCCUCUCAUGAACCAGCAGGGUGCCUAAGAGUCUCCCAGGGCCGGGUUCAAAUCCUGACUCUUCCACUUAGGAGCUCAGUGAUCUGUAGCAAAUUACUUAACCUCUCUGGGUCUCAGUUUGCUGCUCUGUAAAGUGGCUAUCAUAAUGGCACCAACUUUAUAGGCUAACAUAAUGUGUUAUGAGACUAACAUAAUGAGAUGAGUGAGACGAUGCCUGGCAGACUGUGAGCCCUGGAUGGGUGAUGGACCCAGGUGGCAUGCAGCCCACUGUUAGGUGCAUAUUUAUUUACUCAUUUGUCUUCCCCUCCAGGCUGGGAGCUCCCUGAGGACGGAGUCUUUCUUUUGUUUCAGUAUUCCCAGUGCCUACCACAGGGCUGAUACAGACUAGGUAUUUAGUGUGCAUUUAUUGAAUGAAUGGACAGGUGCCAGAGUUUUUAUUGUAUAUAUUUUGUCUUCCCUUCCCUGCGUUUAGCUUUUCAGAGGUUACAGCUGGGUUUCAUGCUUAGCCGUGCCCUUCACAGAAGCAGACCUGCACACAGUAGGUUCCCAAUAAAGGCUUGUGGUUUAUUUCUGCAGGCAAUCCCUUCCCAAACAAACAGCAUCCAGCCUCUGAUCCACACGAACAUCAGCCGCCCUCCUGGGUGUAAUGGAUACAUAUUUAUUAUUGCCCACGUGCCUCUCCUCCCCUGCCGAGCACUGUAUUAAAUGGCUGUUCCUCAGCUCCAGUGCACAAAUAUUCCUUUCAAAAUUAUUACAUUCACCUUUUGUUGGCAGAACAUGCCAUAUGAAACAUCCCAACCUCUUAUUGAGUGUGGGUGUCUGCUUUCUGCUUCCGCCUCAACAGCAGUACUGAGGCCAGAAGGCCUUGUCAGGGUUCCAAGUGCCUGCGUGGCCAACUAUUGGCUGGACCCAAGGAGCCAGUGUGGGACCUGAUUCUGGGUUAACCUGAGCUGACCUAGUCAAGGCUAUCAACAUCACAUCACUGUCUUCAUCACUGACACCAUUACCAGCAUUACCACCAUCACAUGGCCAUAGCCACCAUCACCACUACCACUAUCAUCACCACCACCACUGUCAUCACCACCAUCACUACCAUCAUGACUGUAACCACCACCAUCAUCACCACUGUAACCACCACCACCACCACAAUCAUUACCACCAUUACCACCACCACUACCACCACCAUCACCACCAUCAUCUCCAGAACCACCAUCACCACAAUCAUUACCACCAUCACUACCCCCACCAUCACCAUCACAACAAUCAUUACCACCAUCACUACCUCCACCACCACCAUCGCCACCACCAUCAUCAACAUCACCACCACCAUCACCACCAUCACUACAAUCAUUACCACCAUCACUACCUCCACCACCACCACUAUCACUACCACCAACACCAUCAUCACCACCACCAUCACCACAAUCAUUACCACCAUCACUAACCCCACCAACACCACCAUCACCACCACCACCACCACAAUCAUUACCACCAUCACUACCCCCACCACCACCACUACCAUCACCAUCAUCAUCACCAGAACCAUCACCACCAUCACUACAAUCAUUACCACCAUCACUACCUCCACAACCACCACUAUCACUACCACCAACACCAUCAUCACCACCACCAUCACCACAAUCAUUGCCACCAUCACUAACCCCACCACCACCACCAUCACCACCAACAUCACCACAAUCAUUACCAUCACUACCCCCACCACCAUCACCAUCACCACCAACAUCACCAUUACCAUCACCACUAUCACCACAAUCAUUACCACCAUCACUACCCCCACCACCACCACCAUCACCACCAACAUCACCAUUACCAUCACCACCGUCACCACCAUCAUUACCACCAUCACUAUCUCCACCACCCCCAUCACCAUCAUUGUCACCACCACCAUCACCACCAUCACCACCAUUACUACCAGCUUCGCUGCCAUGAUUACCACUGCCAUCUGCACAGCCACCAUCAUUAUCUCCAUGUUCAGCAUUACCACAUCAUCAUAACCAUCAUUUUCACCAUCACCACAUUCAUUACAAUCACAAUUAAUACUAUUAAUUACUAACAUUUAUUGAGAGCUUUAUCUAUGAUAGAUGUAGAACUAAGCCCCUUAUGUGUGUGACUUUACUAAUCCUUUAAAUGACCCCAGAGGCAGGUACAUUUUAAAUUCUUGUUUUACAGAUGAGAAAACUGAAGCUCAGAGAGGUUAAGAAACUUGCUCAACAUCACACAGCAAGUGGUUUUUUUUUUUUUUAACUCAAGUCAGCAGACAUUUAAUGAGUGUUCAUUAGCACAUAGGAUAUGGUACCUCCCAUUACCAGGGACACAAAAAUGAGUGUAUUUCCUGACCACAGGGAUCUUUACAGCUUUCUCAAGGAGAUCAGACAUAUAAUUAAUACAACACAGCCUACAGGUGUGUCUUCGAGAGAUAAGGUAAACUACCCUGAGGGCCAUGGGAGAGAAGAUCACUUCUGGUUAAGACCUCGAUCUACAGGCAUUCCUAUAAUACAAACAUUUUGAUAAAAUCUGUCCUAAGCUUUUCGGUCAUGUAAGAGCCUUCUUGGCCGGGUGUGGUGGCUCACACCUGUAAUCCCAGCACUUUGGGAGGCCGAGGCGGGUGGAUCACCAGAGGUCAGGAGUUUGAGACCAGCCUGGCCAACGUAGCGAAACCCCGUCUCUACUAAAAAUACAAAAAUUAGCCAGGUGUGGUGGUGCGCACCUGUAAUCCCAGCUACUCGGGAGGCUGAGGCAGGAGAAUCACUUGAACCCAGGAGGCAGAGGUUGCAGUGAGCCGAGAUUGCACCACUGCACUCCAGCCUGGGCAACAGAGCAAGACUCCAUCUCAAAAAAAAAAAAAAAAAAAGCCUUCUUGUCUUUCUGACUGACUCAAAGGAAGACUUGGCUGUCUCUAACUCCUCCUGCCUGUGCCCUAGGCCAAUUUUUCUUGCUGUGCCAGGUUUGCCAAGACCGCCAUCUUGGUUUCCAGCUGGAAGGAAGUUUAGCAGCCCUUUUACAGAUGGAGAAAACUGAGGCUCAGAGAAGGGAAGAAACUUAUUGAAGGGAGAGAGUAAGCUCUUCUUUUUCAGUUCCCUGACAUUGCAGUCAUUCUGUGAGGGCUGUUUGGACUCUGAGUUUAUCAAGAAUGAAAGGGGAAGUGCCUGUAUUAGGACCUUCUUUCCUCAUCAGUUGGUUUAUGUGGUAUAUGGUGGUUGGGGGCCUGGGGGUCUCUGGCCCCCUGUUGCUUCUUCUCUUUUGGUCUCUUCCAAGGGGACCUCAGGACAGCUGGGUGGGCCUGGGGGAGGGGGCUGAGAGCUCUUGUUCAUCUUCAGGAGUUCAUAUUCCCCAUGGCUGGCCAGGGAAUCCUUUCCUCACUGAGGGAUCACAUGGCGUGGCCUCCAGAGCCCCAUCGGAACACCGCGUGGACAGCACUUCAGUCCGCGUGUUCUCUUGGAGUAGCAGACUGGCCCUUUUCCCGAGAGGCUGGAGCAGGCAAGAGCGAGAGUGGAAGGAUUUUGAGCUGUUUCCUGAGCGAUGAAUGCAACCCCACCUUUUGGCAUUCUCUCAAGGACUGCAGAAAAGCCUUCAGCUGGUCUUUUGAUGAUCUCUGGGUAUGAGAUGAAUGUUUCUGUGAAUGUGACUCAUGCUGAGGUUGACUUCAAGGAGGAGGCGAAAUGGCCAGGCUCUAAGAGGGUUACACUUGAUUCCUUCAUUUAUUUGCUCUUUCAACAAAUAGUUUUUGGCCUCCCACGAAGUGUCAGGCAUUGUGCUGGGAAGGGGGGUGGCAGUGGUGAGGACAGAGUAGAUGUGGUUUCUGCCCUUAUGGGGAAGAAGGGAAGACAGAUGUGACUCCAGUAGUUACACGAAUGGAAACAAUUACACAGAGUUUUAAGCUCUACCCCCAAAGAAGCAAGGGCUGCUGAGAGAAUGUGGAACAGGGACUGGCCAGUGGGUUUUGGGCAUCCCAGUGACAACACUUACAGAGUGCUAAUGGUGUUGGGUGGGCUGGGCUGCAGCUGCAGCACUGGUUGUUAACUUUGUUAGCUGGCUGUAACCUGUGUGGUAUCAGUUCUUCAAUAUUCUGUUAUCCGCAGGGCCACGCGCUGUUCCUAGUGCUUCACUCAUACAUAUUUACUCAUUUCAUCCUUACCCCUAUGAGAUAAGAACUCUUGUUAUUUUACAGAUUGGGAAACGGAGGCACCAAAAGAUUGAGUACAUUUUCCAAUAAUAUACAGCUAAUAAGCAGCAGGGUGAGGGUUUGAACGCAGGCCCUCUGGCUUCAGAAUCUAGCCUUUCUCCAUUCCACUCCUAAUGCUUCUGGUGGAUGAGUGAGUUUAAUGAGGUAAAGAUGGGGCAGCUGUGGGGUUGGGAUGGGUUUCAAGCACAGAGCUGUGUGGAAAAUGCCUGGUAGUAGGAAGGGCACAGGACACUCAAGGAAGCAGGUGAGGCUGGUGCAGCUGGCAUUAGGGGCCAAGGGGCUGGGGGGUGGGGAAAGAGGGCAGGUGGCAGGCAGGGGAAAUGGACAGAGCAGGAUUACGUGGAGCCUGGGAGCAUUAUGGUUCCGGCCAGGAUCCCAGCAGAGUGAGCUCCACAGGGGUGGGCACUGUGUUUCUUUUCUUCAUUCAUGUAUACCCAGCUCUGAGCACACUGCCUGGCACAUAGGAGAUGCCCAAUAGUGAUCUGGUGAAGGACAAAGGAGGGAGCCAACUCCCUUCUCUCCAGCCCUCACCCAGCUUUGGCUUCCCCAGUUCCCACUGUCUAUUAAAAUUCUAAUUGCUGGGGCUCCAGCCCUGGAAAAUGCAGUUUAGUAAUUCUUGGUGGGCCUGGGGAUCUGUGUUUUCAAUAAGCUCCCAAGAUGAUUCUGACUUUGCCUGGUUGCCCCUGGACACUCCUGGAAGCUGGUGGUUCUGCUUGUAAGGGGGCAGCAUGGGGGUGGGGUGCCACCCUGCAGACGCUUGCUGGGGGACACACCUUGAGCUCACUGCCCCCCAUCUCAAUGUUUGUCUACAGCACUGUGGAAAGAAACUCUCUUGGUGGACUUUCCAGUGCUGGUUUCCUGGCAGCCCUCUCCUCUUCUGGGGUUGUGGACGUCAGCUCCCGGGCUGACCCUGGCCACCCAAAAACCUGGACUGGAUCAUCGUUGAUAUGGUCACUAUGGCUGUGUUCCCACUCAAAUCUCACCUUGAAUUGUAGCUCCCAUAAUUCUCACAUGUUGUGGGAGGGACCUGGUGGGAGAUAAUUGAAUUCUGGGGGCAGUUUCCCCUAUACCAUUCUCAUGGUAGUGAAUAAGUCUCAAGAGAUCUGAUGGUCUUAUAAGAGGAAGCCCCUUUUGCUUGUCUCUCAUUUCUCUCCUGCCUGCCACCAUGUAAGAUGUGCCUUUUGCCUUCCACGGUGAUUGUGAGGCCUCUCAAGCCACGUGGAACUGUGAGUCCAUUAAACCUCUUUUUCUUUAUAAAUUACCCAGUCUUGGGUAGUCUUUAUCUGCAGCGUGAAAACAGACUAAUACGAUAGUUGACCUUGAGUUUUAGGCAUUCUAGAAAUCUGUUGGGAACCGAGAGAGAGAGAAAUCAAUUAUUCAGUCAACCAUCCAACAAACGAAUUAGUCAAUCUAGAGAAGAGAGAGGGAAGAGGAGUGGGGUGGAGACAAGGAAGAAGGUAAAAUAGAAGAGAUGGAGGAGAGAUUGAGAAUGGAGACGAGAAGUGAGAAGAGAAAGAGGGAGAUAACAGACAGCGAGAGACAGAGAGAGGAGAGACUGCUGAACGUGGGGAUGCGGUGGUUCUUGGGGGACAGCCCUGAGUAACAGCAUUGUAGGCAUUUGACAGAAAGGGCCUAGUUGUCCCAGCUAUUCUUGGAGAGGGCCUGAGGGGUCACACAUGAGCACAGCUUACAGGUGGUGCAGGUGUUGAGAGAGGUGGUCAUUCUCCUGAUAGCCAUCAUCUUAUAGUUUGUUGUUGUUGUUUAAGAUGGAGUCUCAAUAUGUUGCCCAGGCUGGAGUGUGGUGGUGCCAACAUAGCUCAUUGCAGCCUUGAACACCCAGGCUCAAGUGAUCCUCCUAUCUCAGCCUCCCAAGUAGCUGGGACUACAGACUGGCUGAUGAGAGGCACAGCUGAGUCCGGAGCAGACUGAGCCACCUAAGAGGGGAGGAACCGCUGCAGAGAAACCAUGUUAAGCCUUUUUGAAGUUCCAGAGGGAGAACAAGAGAGCGGAGGCUCCUGGUGGCUGGUGACAGGUGCUGAUUUGUUCUGGGGAAAGAGCACAGAAAAGUGCCUGGAGAGGAGGCGGGGCCAAAAUGGGAUGUAGGCGAUGGGAAGGACCCUCAAGACACAGUCCUGGGCUCCCAGGCAGGACCAACCCCCAAACCUGUCCCCUCAGGAGCCUGCAGAGCCACUGCCCUGACAGGACACACCUCACUUCCUCUCCUUGCAGCUGCUCUUGGCUGGGAGAGCAGAGAACAGGGGACAGGAGAGAAGCCCUGAGAGUACUGAAGCUGAGGCUGGGGCAGUCUGCACUUCCCUCUUUCCUCGGCCCUUUUCCUGUUCUCUUGUCUUGUCUCUCUUUCUCUACUUUCCUUCUCCCUAGCCCAGUCUCUCACCUCUCUUCAGCCUCUGGGCCUUUCCUUCUUCCUCUCUUGCCCUCAUUCUUCCUUCUCUGUCCCUCUUGUCUUCUCUUUUACCCCCUCUCUUCUUCCCUCCUUCCUACAGCUAUGCCCUCUUCCCUCCUUUCUCUUGUCCCCAACCAGGGCAUUAGAAAUGCAUUCCAGUUACACUGAUCUGAUCACUGCAUAUUGUAUGCAUGCAUCAAAAUAUCACAUGUACCCCAGAAAUAUGUAAAUUACUGCAUAUCAAUAAAAAGAAAUGUAGCUUCUUUGCCUCACAUACAGAAAAGCCAAUCUGAAGUAUAAAUAAAUAAACAAACAAAUAAAUAAAACGAACCACACUGGCCCCCCCCCGCCGCCUCCCAGCCAUCAUCUGUGCCUGCCACUAUUUGCUCAGGGUAUCUAAACAUCAGCCAAAAUGAAAGAAAAAGUUUUAAAAUCUAUUGUUAAAAAUUUCCAAGGCUAAGUAGACAUGCAUGUACAAUAGCAUUUCCCAAACUGUGACUUAAUAAACUCCAAGCCUUCAA